UUGCUGCUGUACAUUUUUGAGCGCCAUCUUCAGUUCACUCUUGACGUUAUCCCCUUAUCUUCCUUUCUUCGUACCACUCUCCCAAUCCAAAUGCUCCACACUCAUCACCACCUCUUCUUCCCUUCACCACACUCCCAUGCGUCACCAUUUCCCUUUCCUUCUGCAACCAAAAUCCUUCGCUCUCCAACAUUUCCUGCUACUUCCAUCAGAAGAGUUUCUUCCGCUCUCAGGUUCCGCAACCGUGGCCGCACCGUCACAAACUCCGCGCCCAAUGGAGGCGUGAGCGAAACGGAGAAUAAGAAACAACCGGUCUAUAGGGCGUACCCUUUCCACGAAAUCGAGCCCAAGUGGCAGCGUUUUUGGGAGCACAAUCGCACGUUCCGAACCCCCGAUGACGAUAUCGACACUACGAAACCUAAAUACUAUGUUCUUGACAUGUUUCCUUACCCUAGUGGAGCUGGACUUCAUGUUGGUCAUCCUCUGGGAUAUACUGCCACAGACAUUCUAGCUAGGUAUAAACGUAUGCAGGGAUAUAAUGUGUUACAUCCAAUGGGGUGGGAUGCUUUUGGAUUGCCAGCAGAACAGUAUGCUAUUGAGACAGGAACUCACCCAAAGCUCACGACCUUGAGGAAUAUCGAUCGCUUUCGUGCUCAGUUAAAAUCAUUAGGAUUUUCAUAUGAUUGGGAUCGUGAGAUCUCUACCAUAGAACCUGACUAUUACAAAUGGACUCAAUGGAUCUUUCUACAACUUUUGAAGAGAGGAUUGGCAUAUCAGGCUGAAGUUCCAGUUAAUUGGUGCCCAGCGCUUGGCACUGUGUUGGCCAAUGAGGAGGUGAUUGAUGGUGUCAGUGAACGGGGUGGUCAUCCUGUAAUAAGAAAGCCAAUGAGACAGUGGAUACUCAAGAUUACUGCAUAUGCUGAUCGUCUUCUUGAGGAUUUAGAUGACCUUGACUGGCCUGAAAGUGUGAAAGAAAUGCAGAGAAAUUGGAUAGGGAGGUCAGAAGGGGCUGAGAUGGAAUUUUGCAUUCUUGAUAGUGAUGGAAAGGAGAGAGACAUGCAAAUUAUCGUGUAUACUACAAGGCCUGAUACGAUCUUCGGUGCAACCUACUUAGUUGUGGCACCAGAGCAUUCCUUGCUGUCAUCAUUGGUUUCCAUGGCCCAAAGCAAAGAUGUCAAGGAUUAUGUAGAUCUUGCCUCAAGGAAGAGUGACCUUGAGAGGACUGAACUUCAGAAGGAAAAAACCGGGGUCUUUACUGGAUGUUAUGCAAAAAAUCCAGCAAACGGGGAAGCCAUUCCAAUAUGGGUAGCAGAUUAUGUUUUAGGGAGUUAUGGAACAGGAGCUAUCAUGGCUGUGCCUGCACAUGAUUCUCGUGAUCAUGAAUUUGCUUUGAAAUAUGACAUUCCAAUUCACUGGGUUGUAAUGCCAGAAGAUAAAAGUGUCAAGUUUGGAAAGGCUUUUCCAGGUGAAGGUGUUAUUGUAAAUUCAUCGAAUACACUGGUGGGGCUUGACAUUAAUGGCUUGCCUAGCAAAGAAGCUGCUUUGAAAGUCAUUGAGUGGGCACAGAAAAGUGGGAAUGGAAAGAGAAAGGUGAACUACAAGUUAAGGGACUGGCUUUUUGCUCGGCAACGAUACUGGGGUGAACCUAUCCCUGUCAUCUUCUUGGAUGACAGUGGUGAGACUGUACCACUGCGUGAGACUGAACUGCCUCUUAUUCUACCUGAAUUGGAUGAUUUUUCUCCCACGGGAACAGGGGAGCCUCCUCUGUCUAAGGCAGUGUCUUGGGUGAAGACCAAAGAUAGCUUAUCUGGAAGACCAGCUACCCGGGAAACAAAUACCAUGCCACAGUGGGCUGGUUCAUGCUGGUACUAUUUGAGAUUUAUGGACCCACAUAAUUCCAAGGAAUUGGUAGAUAAGACAAAAGAAAGGUAUUGGGGCCCUGUUGAUGUGUAUGUUGGGGGUGCUGAGCAUGCAGUUCUCCAUUUACUAUAUGCUAGAUUCUGGCACAAGGUUCUCUUUGACAUUGGUGUUGUAUCCACCAAGGAGCCCUUCCAAUGUGUCAUAAACCAAGGGAUUAUUCUUGGAGAGGUUCAGUAUAUGGCUGGUAGGAAUCAAGAUGGAAAUCUGAUAUCUGCUGAUUUAACUGACAUGUUGAACGAACAUAACCUAGAAAGAAUUCCUGAGGAAAAGGUCAUGAAAUCUGGGGAUUCCUUUGUCCUGAAAGAAAAUCCUGACAUACGUUUAUUUGCCCGUGCUCACAAAAUGAGUAAAAGUAGGGGAAAUGUUGUUAAUCCAGAUGACGUUGUUUCUGAGUAUGGUGCAGAUUCUCUACGAUUAUAUGAAAUGUUCAUGGGACCAUUGAGAGACUCGAAACAAUGGAGUACUAGUGGCAUUGAAGGUGUUCAUCGGUUUUUAGGAAGAACAUGGAGGCUCAUUGUUGGUUCACCUUUGUCUGAUGGCACAUUUCCGGAUAGAACUGUAACAGUUGAUGAUGAGCCUACUAUAGAACAACUCCGUUGUCUUCAUAAAUGCAUUGCUAAGGUAACAGAGGAAAUUGAGGGCACACGGUUCAACACUGGAAUUUCUGCUAUGAUGGAGUUCCUUAAUGCGGCAUAUAAGUGGGAUAAACAUCCAAGAUCAGUUAUCGAGGCAUUUGUUUUGCUGCUUUCACCAUAUGCACCACACAUGACUGAGGAGCUGUGGUCUCGGUUAGGGCACACAAAAUCAUUAGCAUACGAGCCUUUCCCUAAGGCAAAUCCUGCUUACCUUAAAGAUUCCACGGUAGUCCUUCCAGUUCAGAUUAAUGGCAAGACAAGAGGUACCAUCCAGGUUGAAGAAACAUGUACAGAGGAGGAUGCUUUUGAACUGGCAUCUAUGGAUGAAAAGCUAUCAAAGUAUCUGCAUGGUCAAUCUGUCAAAAAAAGAAUUUACGUUCCUGGCAAGAUUUUGAAUAUUGUUUUGGACCGUAAAAACAUAAAGGUUGGUGUACAGUAGCUGCUUUCACUCUUGUCUUCAUUUCAACCAUUAAAUUUAUGCAGCUUGGUAAUGGCCCUGCAUCCGCAUCAAAAAACUAAAGCAUAUGUAAAGUAAAGGUGUCUUCGGCCGGAGAGUUAUGCUUCUGUUGGAUGGAAAGUGACAGACAGCAAAGUAUUCACCUCUUAUGACUGUUAAUAAUUUAUACUCCGCUUUAAGAGGUGCAUAACUUAGUAGAAAAGAGGCGGCGUAACCAAUUUAUUUAAAACAUCAUGACAAAAACUGAGUGCAUCUUGGCACCUGCAAUGGUUGUAUUGUAUUGUACUUACUGUAAUAUAUCUGGUUAUCGACCGUCUUCUUGAUUGUAAUAAUAGUUCUGGUUUUCAUUGUUCCAUUUUAUAUUUGAGGUCGGAAUAGUGAAUAAGUAUUUUUUUGUUUUUUUAA